GUCACUGAUCGUAUGUUACCUUCGUGAACAAUGACUAAAGACAAAGAGGUGCUAUAUACUAGCUCUCUACGCCCACGUGUCUGUUUCGAUGUGUUUCACCUAGGAGGAGAGAAGAGGGGAACAGACUGACGUAACAUAGUCCGGCACCCUCUGCCGACACAUCAUCCUCUUCUCAGCAGCAGAACGACCCUUCUCGGUGAAAGUGAACAGAAUAUACAGAGGACAGACAGAGAGGACACGGAAAAGAAACCAAAACGUAUAUAGUAACGAUUCUCACAUGCUUGCUUUUGGUCGUAGUUGAUAAGGACCGCGCACUUGAACUAGAAAUAAGCUACAUGCUAUUUUAGCCGACGUGUUACUAUUUUAGCGUCUAUAAACUAUUCAUUGUUUAUGUCAAGAGUAUAAACUGUAACACAUUGAGGUUCCAAGAACUCUUAGAAAAUGCUACAAUCKCUAACUAGCAAUUCGUGUGUGCGGUUGAUACAAAGUCACAAAUCAACAUGGUAUUUUUUGCUUCUAGUCUUGGGAUAUAUUCUUUAUCUUAUAUUCGGAGCUGUUGUCUUUUCAUCGGUGGAACUGCCUUAUGAAGACCUGCUAAGACAGGAGUUACGAAUCAUCAAAAAACAGUUCCUCCAAGACAACGAAUGUCUGUCGGAAGAACGCCUUGAGAAGUUUUUGGAGAAAGCGCUCGAGGCCAGUAACUAUGGAGUGUCCAUUCUCAAUAACGCAUCGGCAAAUUGGAAUUGGGACUUCACCUCCUCACUCUUUUUCGCCAGUACUGUAUUGUCUACCACAGGAUACGGUCACACCGCUCCGCUCUCCGACGGGGGAAAAGCUUUUUGUAUCGUCUACUCUGUGCUCGGUAUCCCCUUCACCCUCCUCUUCCUCACCGCCGUGGUCCAACGCAUCAUGAUCUUCAGCACCCGCCGGCCCGUCAUGUAUGUGUCCACCCGCUGGGGCCUGUCCAAACCUUUGGUAGCCAUGGUCCACGCCACGCUCCUCGCCAUCCUGGCUGCUUCCUGUUUCUUCCUCAUCCCGGCGGCCAUCUUCUCCUCCUUAGAGGAGAACUGGAACUUCCUGGAGAGUUUCUACUUCUGUUUUAUAUCUCUCAGUACCAUCGGACUGGGAGAUUACGUACCAGGAGAGUCCUUCAACCAGAGGUUCAGACA